AUGGAAAUUAAUGAACAAAAUCUCGAAGCACUUUCAACAUAUUUACGAAAAACAUUGUCGCCAAAUGGAAACGAACGAACUGAAGCUGAAAAAACUUUGAAACAAAUCGAACGGAAUGAAAACUAUGCAUCUUUACUGUUAACACUCUGUGAUCGACAAGCAACAUCGGAUGAAAUCCGUCGUGCUGCUGUGAUCACAUUCAAAAAUUUCAUCAAACGUAAUUGGCCAUCACUCGAUGAAUCAAGUUCAAUAUCAGUUCGUGAUCGAAAUCAUAUCAAAGAGCAUAUCAUUGAUUUAAUGAGUCGAUCACCUGAACAUAUUCAAGAACAAUUAUCCGAAGCGAUAACUGUCAUUGGAAAAUGUGAUUUUCCUGAGCAGUGGUCAACAUUACUUGAUACGAUGAUUAAACAGUUUCAGCAACAAUCAUCAACUUCUUUUCAAUCGAUCAGUGGUGUUCUCAAAACAGCACAUUCUUUAUUCGAAAGAUAUCGAUAUGAACAAAAGUCUGAUGAGCUCUGGUUGGAAAUUAAAUUGGUACUCGAAAAAUUUGCACCAGCUUUUACUGAAUUAUUUAAAUCUCUGAUGAGUUAUUAUCCACAAAAAGAAUCUGAUGCUGUCGAAAUGAAAAAUAUUUUCAAUUCAAUUCUUGUUAUCGUGAAAAUCUUCUACGAUCUCAAUGCUCAAGAAUUACCAGAACAUUUCGAAGACAAUAUUCAGAUUUAUAUGACUCAUUUCUUAACAUUGUUAUCCUACGAUCAUCCAUCACUUCGUUCAAAUAAUAACGAUCCAGGAGUCUUAGAUCAAAUUAAGACGGAAAUUUGUCGAUGUAUCGCACUGUAUGCCGAUAAUUAUAGUGAUGAAUUUAAACCGUAUGUUCAACAAUUCGCCUUAUCGGUUUGGUCUCUGUUAACACGACUAGAUCUUUCGCCAUCGUAUGAUGAAUUGAUUGGCACGGCGAUGAAGUUUUUAUCAACAUUGGCUGCCCGAAGUCAUCAUUGCAGUAUGUUUGAAGGUGGUGAUACAUUGAAAACAGUGUGUGAACAAGUUAUUCUUCCGAAUUUAUUUCUUCGAGAAUCUGAUGUCGAAGAAUUCGAAGACAAUCCAGAAGAAUAUAUUCGAAAAGAUAUCGAAAAAUCCGAUUCGGCAACUCGACGACGCGCCGCGCAUGAUUUUCUUCAAGCAUUAUGCAUCUUUUUCGAAUCUCAAGUUGUUCAAAUCUACAGUCAAUACAUCGACACAAUGCAAAAGGAAUAUUUACAAAAUCCAGCACAAAACUGGUUAAAAAAAGAUACAUGCAUCUUUCUUGUCUUGGCUCUUGCCUCCAAAGGCGAAACACAAAAGUUCGGCAUUACAAAAACCAGUUCAUUUAUCAGUAUUCCUGCUUUUUAUACAUCAAAUAUUUUACCUGAACUUCAAAAUCCAGAUGUGAAUAGUCUUCCAUUAAUCAAAGCUGAUUGUCUCAAAUUUCUAAUUGAUGUUCGAAGUCAAAUCGAUCGGGAUGCAUUACUCGUAUCAAUUCCUCAAUGUGUUCGAUAUUUAUCAUCGAAUAACAUUGUCGUGCAAACUUAUGCAGCACAUGCGAUCGAACGUUUAUUACUCGUUCGUCAUCCAACUGAUUCAAAGCAAACAUCAAUCACCAAAACGGAUUUGAUUCCACAUGCUCAGACAAUGUACGAUAGUUUCUUUCGAAUUUUAACAUCGGAAAAGUCUUAUGAAAAUGAAUAUGUUAUGCGAGCUGUGAUGAGAUUGUCAUCAGCACUUCAAGAUGGAAUUUUACCUUAUUUAAAUAUUUUAAUCGAAAAAUUAGUGAUGAUCUUACGACGAUCAAGCAAAAAUCCAAAUAAACCAAAUUUUAAUCAUUAUUUAUUCGAAACUAUUACUGUCUUAAUUCGAACAAGUGUUUCACAAAAUGUCACUGUUCUUGAUCAAUUCGAACAAAUACUUUUUCCAGUCUUUACUCCAAUCUUUACUGAUGAUAUUGCUGAAUUUGUUCCAUAUGUUUUGCAAAUCAUUGGAUUUUUAUUGGAAUCUCAUAAAUCAACCAUUCCGGAUACUUAUCGCGCCUUGUUCCAAUCGAUUCUCAUUCCAUCAUUUUGGGAUCGUAGUGGAAAUAUUCCAGCACUAUCACGACUUUUACAAGCGUAUAUUGAAAAAGCUGGUGAAACUAUUGUCUUAGAGAAAUUGACAACUGUUCUCGGAAUCUUUCAACGACUUGUCUCUCAAUCGAAAGUUCAUGAUCACGAAGGUUUCGCGAUCUUAAAUUCUUUAAUUGUUCAUUUGCCAAAUGGUUGUUUGAACAAUUAUUUUAAAGACAUUUUUAUUGUUAUAUUUACACGGUUGACCAAAGCGAAAACACAGAAAUUAAUUCGAUGUAUCAUUGUGUUUUUUUCGUAUUUCGUUAUUAAAUACGGAGCGCAAGAAUUAAUCAAUCAAAUCGAUUCAAUUCAAAUGAAUAUGUUUCAAAUGGUUGUUGAACGUUUAUUCAUCCCUGAAUUAUCUAAAGUCAACGAGGAGGAAAAGAAGGUUUGCGCAGUUGCGGUGAUACAUUUACUGUGCGAUCCACAAUCAAUGACCAGUGGAAAUUAUUGUAAUAGUUUAUGGAUUAACUUAUUACAAGCGUUGCUUCGAUUAUUUGAAUCCAGUAAUCAAUUACAAACAAUGUCAGCAGCAGAAAGAAAGAAAGAAGCACAAGAACAAGCAGAAGAAGAGUUACUUGUUGGAUUAGAUGAUACACCAGAUUAUACACCGGCAUUUUCUCGAUUGGCUUUUGCGAGAAAAGCACCAACGGAUUUAUUUGGUUCAAGUAUUCCUGAUCCUCGUUAUCAUUUAGCCAAAUGUUUACAUACAUUAACAACAUCUCAACCGAAUCAAUUUUUAUCCAUGAUGAGCAAUGGUCUUUCGCCUGAACAUUUAUCACAUGUUCAACAAUAUUGUGCAUUAGCAAGUGUUACACUUAUGUGA